GUCUGAAUUGGUCUGAAACACAAUUUGCUGCAUGUACCUUUAAUGUGGCUGGAGCUGGAGAGAAGUCGACACACUCAUUUUCCCCUUGGAAUCCACAUUUUCCUCUAAUUAAAUAUCGUAGGUCUAUUUUUCAAUUAUAUGAACAUUACACGUCGAACCCUCAGCUCUGCAUGCCGCUUGAUUAACAUCAACUGUAUCAGAAACAUCUCCUACUCACAGUGUGUUAUGACAUCAUCAAGGCAUACAAACUCCAAAAGGAUUGAGGGACUGGACAAGAAUGUUUGGGUGGCCUUCACCUCGGUGGCAGCAGACCCCACCAUAGUGAACCUGGGCCAGGGCUACCCUGACAUUCCUCCCCCAGCCUACGUCAAGGAGGCUCUGGCUAACGCUGCUGCAGUGGACAAGCUCAACCAGUACACAAGAGGCUUUGGCCACCCGUCUCUGGUGAAGGCUCUUUCUCAGGUGUAUGGGAAAGUGUAUGGACACCAGAUUGAUCCUUUCAAGGAGAUACUGGUCACAGUAGGUGGCUAUGGAUCCUUGUUCAGUACCAUGCAGGCACUGGUGGAAGUGGGAGAUGAGGUUAUAAUUAUCGAACCCUUCUUUGAUUGCUAUGUGCCCAUGGUUCGAAUGGCAGGGGCAACACCUGUCUUGAUACCAUUACGACUUAGAUCCAAUAAGGAGACCAGUAGUGUUUCCAGUGCUGACUGGGUCCUGGAUCCAGAGGAACUAGCCAGUAAAUUCACCUCAAAGACCAAGGCCAUCAUUAUUAACACUCCUAACAACCCCAUUGGGAAGAUAUUCACCAAGGGUGAGCUUCAGACUAUCUCCGACCUCUGCAUCAAACACGAUACUCUGUGCAUCAGUGAUGAGGUGUAUGAAUGGCUCAUCUACAAGGGACACCAACACAUCAAAAUAGCCACUCUUCCUGGCAUGUGGGACAGAACGAUCACCAUCAGCAGUGCAGGGAAGACCUUUAGUGUGACGGGCUGGAAGCUUGGCUGGUCUAUAGGGCCAGAACACUUGAUAAAGCACCUCCAGACUGUUAUGCAGAACACCUUGUACACCUGUCCAACACCGCUACAGGAGGCUGUGGCCCAGGGCCUGCUGAGGGACUAUGAGCUGAUGGGUCAACCUGAGUGUUACUUCUCCUCUCUGGCCGUGGAGCUGGAGGGGAAGAGGGACCGCAUGGCUGCUAUCCUACAGGACGUUGGCAUGUCUCCUAUCAUACCCGAGGGAGGGUACUUCAUGUGCGUGGACGUCACACCUCUUAAUGAGGACUUGUCUCAUAUGGGGAAUGAUGAGCCUUACGACUACAAGUUUGUCAAGUGGAUGAUUAAGGAGAAGAAACUGGCAGCCAUUCCGGUCACAGCGUUCUGUGGUGAUGCUUCCAAGAAGCAGUUUGAGAAAUACAUUCGUCUAUGCUUCAUCAAGCAAGACAGCACUCUGGAUGCAGCCGAGGCUAUUCUCAAGAACUGGAACAAGUAAAAUAAGUCCUGUCUGGAUGGAAGGGUUUGUCUCAAGACCCUCUGUUUUUACUGUGACACCCCUAUAACACGUUACUUUGUAGGACAGGUAUGGAACGGUUUGUAGGACAGGUAUGGGACUGUUUGUAAUACAGGUAUGGAACUGUUUGUAGGACAGGUAUGGAACUGUUUGUAGGACAGGUAUGGGACUGUUUGUAGGACAGGUAUGGGACUGUUUGUAGGACAGGUAUGGGACUGUUUGUAGGACAGGUAUGGGACUGUUUGUAGGACAGGUAUGGAACUGUUUGUAGGACAGGUAUGGGACUGUUUGUAGGACAGGUAUGGAACUGUUUGUAGGACAGGUAUGGGACUGUUUGUAGGACAGGUAUGGGACUGUUUGUAGGACAGGUAUGGGACUGUUUGUAGGACAGGUAUGGGACUGUUUGUAGGACAGGUAUGGAACUGUUUGUAGGACAGGUAUGGAACUGUUUGCCCUGUUUAUAUUUGUAGACAUUUUCAUGUUUUUAUGUAGUUUUAUUAAUUCAUUUUUUAUUGCCUUUUUUGUUUGAGUUUUUAUCUCAUUUGAUUGGAUUUUAUAUGAACACAUGGAAUGGAUUAACUUCCAGGUUUGUAUUUCCUCUUUGUGACAUAAGCACUCGUUGAGUGGCACUCGUCAUCCUGUCAACAUCGUUUUUCUGUACCCUUCAUAUGAUGGGAUGGAACAGUUUUGAUCCUGUGCAGCCCUCCUGGUUUGGUGUUGUAUUUCAUCUGUGAAUAAAAUCUAACUUUUUAAAAUGA